AUGACGACAUUACAGAUUUCCUUUCGUUCAUUAUGGACCGGCCUGCUGGUGCUACUGUCCUGCCUGUCGGCCGCGGCCCAGUCCGCUGGCGGCUCGCAAUGCAUCCAGGGGACGGACAGCACAGGUCAGCAAGUCUGUCUGGACCCCAACAGGAGGCCGACUCUGUACACGCAGGAUUUUGGUGAUUGCCAGGGCAAUUCUUUGAUCAAUGUGACGCAGUUUGAUGGCGCAUAUUACAGCGACAACAUGACGGUGACGUGGAAUCUGCAGGGCGAAACGUCCGUCUACAAUGACAGUGUCAUGAUUUAUAUCGGCGUCUAUGCGUACGGGGAGACCAGAUUCGAGUUGACAGUCAACCCGUGCAAUGCCAACAUCUUCAGCUUGUGCCCCCUUAAUGCGAGUGUUCCAACCCAGGCUAGCGGCGCAAUCCCAGUCGCCCCAUCGGACGUCGCUGGGAUCCCGCCGAUUGCCUAUUCCAUCCCCGACUUUGAGGGCCAAGCAAUCUUGCGUAUCUUCUCCAACACGACCGAAUCGCAGAUUGCCUGUUAUUCAGCCGUCUUGACGAAUGGUGCCACCUUUGCGCAUCCUGCUGCUGUCGAA